UUUCCCUGUCAUGCUCUGUGAUCUAUUCUGGGAGGAGGAUAUGUCCGGAAAUAAAAUCCAGGAGUAAAAAAGCUACAAAGUCUUUAUUUUCCAUGGUCAUUUGGGAUGAAGAAAUUACGCUUCCUUUGCCUGUGUCCAGCCUCCCCUACGAGUCCAUUCUGUUUGUCACGCUCAGAGGGACUGAUGAAUCUUCUACUAAUGCCACCACCCAUGCCUGGACGUGUCUCCCACUGUACUCGGGGCAGAGGUUUGUCCGUGGGUCUGUCCUGCUCAGCAUGAUGUGUAACCUUCAGCCUCCUCCGGUUGUAACUCCUGGAGCCUUUGAUGUGACGCUGCCCACGUUGGUGACCGUGCAGGUUGAUUUUCUAGAAAGGGACAUCGUGUUUGCUGCCCCCUGUCCUGAGGUUGGAUUAUUAUACAGUCAAGCGCCUUUUGAAGAGCCUUCAAAUCAACUAGAAGUUCUGGUGCACAGGAACUCGGUUCUCUUACUGUCAGAGGGCGAUAAGCAGUGUCUGUGGCGCUAUCGCUCUUGCUGCAAUAAGCAGCGCAAUAUUCUGCCUCUGGUCCUCGGAAGCGCACCAGGCUGGGACCCGGAAUCUAUAUCUGCAAUGCACACAGUUCUUAGGGGCUGGAAAUUCUGUCAUCCGCUAGAAGCACUUGGUCUGCUAAACGCCUGUUUUUCAGAUCAAAAUAUCCGUGAAAUGGCCUGCCAGCAAAUUGGAUAUCUGUCAAAUGAUGAAUUACUGCAAUACCUGCCUCAGCUGGUCCAGGCCAUCAAGUUUGAGUGGAACCUUGAUAACUCUUUGGUCAGACUUCUGCUUGAACGUUCUUUGCAGAAUAUCCAGAUAGCUCACCAGCUCUACUGGCUGCUCAAAAAUGCUCUUCAUCAGCCGCACUACAGAGGCCGGUUCCAAAAGGUACUUUCUGCUCUCGAGUUCUGUGUCGGAAAAACUCUAAAUGAUGAAUUCCUGAAAGAAAAGAAUCUUAUCAGAAUUUUACAUGAUAUCGCUGAAAAAGUCAAGAACGCUCAGGACUCCAAGCGCCAGGAGACACUUCAGUCCAACCUCAACAAGCUGCAGGACUUAUUCUUAGAGGUCCACGUCUGUCGUCUUCCGCAAGAUCCGAGCAUUGUUGUGAAAGGCAUCAAUAAAAGUGCGUGUUCCUAUUUCAAAUCAAACGCAUCGCCACUGAAAAUCUCCUUUACUAAUGCUGACCCACUUGGAAAGGACAUUGAUGUUAUAUUUAAGGCAGGAGAUGACCUGCGGCAGGACAUGCUUGUUCUACAAAUCAUACAGGAAAUGGACAGGAUUUGGCUACGGGAGGGACUGGACUUGAGAAUUGUCACUUACCGGUGUCUGUCAACCGGCACAAAGCAAGGGCUGGUUCAGAUGGUCCCAAAUGCUACAACUUUGGCCAAAAUCCACCAGAAGUCUGGGCUUCUCGGGCCCCUAAUGGAUGGCUCAAUAAAAAAGUGGUUCAGUUCUGUAAAUUGUCCACAGGCAGAAGACAACUUCUUCUACUCCUGCGCAGGCUGGUGCGUGGCAACGUUUAUCCUGGGUGUUUGUGACAGACACAGCGAUAAUAUUAUGAUCACGGACACAGGACACGUGUUUCACAUUGACUUUGGGAAAUUCUUAGGUCAUGCACAGAAAUUCGGAAGCAUAAAAAGGUCAGUGUAG